AUGGCUCAACUACUUCCAAUACCUACAAUGCUUGAGCGCCGGUCAGAAGCCGAUCCGAAUCGUGUGUGGGCCAGAUACCCCGUCUCGGCCACUUCGUAUACCGAGGGCUUCCACACAGCAACAUACGGCCAGAUGCGCACUGCUGUUGACCGCGUCGCUCACCUUCUGAGCGGGAAGCUUGGGCAGAGUGAAUCGUUCGAGACGUUGGCCUAUAUUGGCCCUAAUGAUCUGCGCUACCAUAUAGUUCUCAUCGCUGCUAUCAAAACAGGAUAUAAGCGUAUCGUUACAGCCAACACCUUGCCGGCUCCAGAAGGGAUGAAGCGUGUUGAUGACCUUUUUUUGCGUGGCGAGUUUUUCUCUUUGCUGCCGGCUUUUCACAUUGCGGGCAUUGGAUGGGGCUUUGUCCUUCCCCUGUACAGGGAAAGUAUUCCAGUACUCCCUCUUCCUGGUCGACCACCGUCAACUGAUGGCUUCUUGGAAGCGGUACGACACGGCCACUUCAACUGGGCGUUUGUGCUGCCCGUCAUCAUUGACGAGCUCACCAGUAAUCAAGAUGCGUUAGCGUUGGUGGUAGAGAAAUUGGAGUACCUCUUCUAUACCGGUGGUGCUCUCCCCCAAAGUGCCGGGAAGCGUGCUGUGGCUACAGGGCUCCCGGUCUAUUCAGGAUUGGGGUCAAGCGAAUGCGCUGCCUUGCCUCAGGUCCGUAGUGUUGAAGACCGUCUACAUCCAUCUUCGGAGACAUGGCGGUAUGUGCACUUCCAUCCGGCGAUGCAAGCAGAGUUGCGGUAUCGCAUGGACGACUUGUACGAGCUGGUAGUACGUCGAUCGUCAGAAAACCCCCAUGCACAGCCAGUAUUCGCUCUCUUUCCAUAUCUGCAGGAAUAUGAGACGCGCGACCUGUUCAGUCCUCAUCCAGAUUUACCAGACCUGUGGAUGCAUCGUGGUCGUCGGGAUGAUCUUGUCGUCCUGCUCAAUGGCGAGAAGACUAAUCCGAUUUCCUUCGAGGCUGAGAUCACUGCUCAUCCGGGCGUGCGUGGUGCCCUGGUGGCUGGCAACAAACGUUUUCAGACUUGUCUCAUCAUGGAGCCGGUCCCGGAGGCACUGCAGCAGGUAACACACAAUACUUCAGCCAAGGAGUAUUUCAUCAACGGGAUCUGGCCUACCGUUGAGGAAGCGAAUCGCCAUUGUCCAGCCCAUGCUCGAAUCUCCCGUUCCAAGAUCCUCGUACUUGAUCCAGAUAUGACCAUGCUACGUGCGGCAAAGGGCACUAUACAACGCGCAGGAACUCUACAAUUAUACGCUAAUCAAAUCGAUGCACUCUAUAGGGAGGAGGAAUCAGCCCUGCCCUCUGCCAUGCCACGUAAUCGGGAAGAUGUUACAUCGGCUCUGCGGUCAAUGGUGACCGAGAUCACAGAAUGGUCAGAGCUCCACAACAACGUUGAUUUCUUUGAUCAAGGCAUGGACUCGCUUCAGCUAUUACGGCUAAGUGCGGCCAUACGGUCACGUUUGGGUCUUUCUAUCCCUCCUUCAGUGAUUUACAGCAACCCUUCAAUUACCUUGUUGAUCACGAAGAUCUUCCAAGAUGCACCGGCAGAUGUCGAGCAGGAUCACACGGUUAAACUUCAGCAGAUGCUACAGCAGUAUGAGCAGCAGAUUGACCGUCUCACAUUGAAGCCUGUAGAGACAUCAACAGAGCCCAAUCUCCCAACCAGGAAAACUGUGGUUCUCACUGGCUCUACGGGCACAGUGGGAUCCUUCGUGUUAGCACAGCUGUUGGACGAUCCUGAAGUCACACACAUCUACUGUCUCAACCGGUCAACGGACUCUGGAUCAUUACAGAAAACUCGCAACCUCAAGCGAGGAGUCCAUACCACUCCCGACCCAAAGCGAGUUACUUUCCUCACGGUCGAUCUAACACAGCCAUCCUAUGGCUUGGACCCUUCAACGUUCAAGACACUUUUAGAUACAACAACGCAAACCAUCCACAGUGCCUGGCCAGUCGACUUCAACCAGCCCCUAGCUUUCUUCCAGCCCAGUCUCCAAGCCCUAGUAAACCUAAUUACAUUCGCUCACCGCGCAAAACACAACCCUGCACUCCUCUUCCUCUCCUCAAUCAGUGCCAUCAGCUCUGCUACAGGUCUCAUCCCAGAGAAAGUCUUCCCGGAUCUGACUGUACCCGCUCCUAUGGGCUACGGCCAAAGCAAAUACCUCGCAGAACCCCGUAUCGGCCAAGUCUCAGGCCGAGCUCGGGGGCCGGAGGGAGCCUGGGCAAGUACGGAGUGGCUCCCUAGUCUGGUUGUCAGCUCACACUAUCUGGGCGCAUUGCCAGACUCCCUGGGUAGUGGCCGGAUGGAAGCAAUUGACUGGGUGCCUGUUGAAGAGCUGGCUCUGAUUCUAGUCGAGCUUUCUAGCACGUUGAUGGCGGGAUCGGAAGCAUUCUCUGUCUUUCAUUGUGUCAACCCAGAGGUCGUUGUAUGGAAAGAUCUACUUCCAGUGAUUGUUGAGGAAUUGUCGACGCCGGAGAAAAAAGUGGUGACUGUCACCUUCGAGAAGUGGUUGACGCGAUUGCAAAGGAGUGCAGCCGAGCUUGAUCUGGACGGAAUGAAGGUGGACGAGUUCUUGCUGAAGAAUCCUGCGGUGAGGUUACUGGAUUUCUAUUCUCAGCUCCUCGUCGAGGAUGGGGAUAAAGGAAGAUAUGGCAAAUUGGCAACUCAAAAUACCGUGUGUUUAAGCCAAGCGCUGGCUGGCCUGCGUCCAAUCCAGCCAGAGUGGAUGCGCAGGUGGAUUGGAGAAUGGAUCACCAACUGA